AUGAGCAGCGAAGUGAGCUCGUUCUUCACUCAAACUGGUAUCGCGCCCACCAGCGUAGCGACUGGUACGGCGGCGGUAGCGUCCUCGAUGUCCACCCCCUUCGCGGAGUCGGGUUCCUCCGAUGCCGGCCCUUCUGUCGCCAGCUUCUCGGAUGCGACGGGCCUUGACACAGACCUCCGUGCGGUGCAGUUCGUGUCCGUGCUGGCUUCUCUCACAUUCGGCAUCGCGGUGACCAAGGCCUGGGCCUACUUUCGUUCGAGGGGUGGAUACAGCGCGGCCAAGAAGGGAACGAUUGCGAGCCUGGUCAUUGUCAACCUCAUCCAGUGGAUCGCCUCGGUGUAUGGCGCCUACCAUUCCGUCACAUCAAUCACCAACGACAACAGCGACGAGUGGGCCAUCAUGGUUCAGAUCGGGUUGGCCACCCUUGCCGCGGUGAUUGCUCAGAGCUACUUCGCAGUCCAGCUGUAUGCUUCCAAGAGGAACUCCAGCUUGUUCAUGACCAUUCUGUUCUUCGCGCUGCUUCAGCUCGUAUUGUCUUGGGUUGCUGUGGGAAUCAUGUUCACGCAGGGUUUCAUCGAGACCUCCACUUGGGAUCAAAUCAUGACUUUGGGGAUCACUUGCGGAGUGGACCUCGUCAUCGCCGUCCUGACCUACGUGUGGCUCGAGAGACCCCUCUACCUCCAACAGCGUGGAGCAACCCGGUUCCUGAACGAGGCGACCUUUUGGUCUUUCGGCGGUCUCUUCGGGUGCUCCCUCGUCGCCUUGUUCGCUGCUGUCUGUGAUUCGAUCGCUGCCCGUUCCCUGGUCUGGCUCGUCGCUGUCUCCGCUCUUGGGAACCUGCACACCAUCAGCGUCCUGUCUAGCCUCGACGUCCGCGCGCCCAUGGUCGUGACUACCGCCGCGCCCGCGCCCGCCUCCACCUCCACGCGCUCGUCCGUGGCGACCCUGACGGCCGACGACGCCUCGUUCCGCAAGGACCUCGAGAAGGCGCAGCUCGCGAAGGCGACCGAGGCCUCGCUCGACCGCGACCCGGAGACGGAGGUCCCGCCCCCGCCGCGGUACGUCCCGCAGGAGAAGUCCGCGUUCGACCUCGGCUACCUCGCCGGAGGCGCCCCCGCGGUGAGCCUCCGUCCUUUCCGGACUUCGACAGGGGCUUGCGCACUGACGUCGGUGACCAUUCUUAUGCAGGUCUGA